CCAUGUGUGGUGUAGAAAAUGCUUAACAAUAGAGUGCAUAUCUGACCUCCAGUUUUAUUUACGUGAAUUUGCCUUUCUAUAACGACGAUGAGUUUGAGCUUUGUCCUUGUUUGAUGACAAUUGUUAUCGUUGUUUCCUUUCAGAAUUGCAAGCCGUUGAUGCAUACCUGAAGAUGUUCGAGGGACAAGUGGAAAUUUAUCGACAUGUACGCGUGGUUUUUACCGGCAGAGAGGGGGCUGGUAAAACCACGGUGUGCAAACGAGUUCAAUAUAGACAUGUCGACCUCAACUUGCGCGAACCAACUGUAGGAGCUGUUUUGUACCCUAAUUGGUUCUUGAUUGACUUGAUAUCUAAAGAAUGGAGACAACACGAUGACAAAUCAGCUAGUGAAGAAAUGGAAAUACGUAUGGGUGUAACGAUGAAGAAAGCACAGGCAACAGGAACAGCUAGUUCGCGGACAGGGUUCCGAGACAGCGCAGGGGAUUUAUCAAUUACGUCAUCACGAAAUCCUGAAGCGAAUUUACAGCAAUUACAGGAAAGCACUGCAGUUCAACAAGCGUCACAGUGUGCCAACAUUGAUGAUGCUCUCCUAUCGUUGUGGGAUAUGGGUGGGCACUCGUCGUUUCAGGCCUCCCACAACGUCUUUAUCUCGUCACACGGCGUUUACCUGUUAGUCUUCAGACUGACAGAUUUUCUUAAAGACAAACUGGAAACGUACAGACUAAAGAAAUGGAUUCGAAUGAUCGGCACAUUUUCAUCUGUUAAAUUGAAUGCGCCGAAGCUAAAAGAACAUGAACCUCCACUGAUAUUUGUCGGCACCUUCCUCGAUGAAUUGAGGAAAUCAUCUACAGACUUCAAGGAACAGGUACAGAAAAUACAGUCCAGCAUUUCAAAAUUUCCCGAACUUUCAUCUCACAAGUUUGUCAGGUUCUGUACACUCGAUAACAGCCAAGGAACGAAACCAGCCGAGCCGAGAUUGCUUUAUGAUGCCAGGUCAGAAUUGCAGAAUCAACCUCCACCAUUAGCUACCGACGAUUCUGAUGCAAACUUGGAACAAUUGCGGGAAACAAUCAUAGAAUUAGCUAAACACCAGGAUCAAUGGGACAGGAAACUUCCGACCAGAUGGUUAAAGCUAGAGAUGGAUUUGCUAAAAGAAAGAGAAAAGGGGGCUAAGAUACUGACAUUGGCGCAGGUGAUUGAAAUGAACAAAAUGUCUAUAGCCCCACUGGCGGAUGAUGACGAGAUCGUACUGGCCCUUGAGUAUCUUCAUUGCACGAGGUCUGUGAUAUAUUUCCGGGAAUUCGAUCACGUCAUCAACGAUCCACAGUGGCUUGCCGAUUGCUUCAGCCUCCUGAUUACCGACGAUCAGUUUCUCCCAAAAGACGAUCUCGUGCUGGCUCGAGACUUAGAGUUGUACAAGACAAAGGGCGAGUUGACUCCGAAUUUGAUCGAUAGCUUUCUUUGCCUAGAUCAAAAUAAAGCAUUCUUGCCCCAUAAGUCAAUUCUCCUGGCUUUGAUGGAAAAGUUUGGCCUGCUGGUACGGAUUUUGAUUUCGGAACCCAAUACAGCAGAUGUUCGCUUCAGUGAGGCGUAUACCAUUCCCAGCAAACUUCUAGAGCUAGAAAACAUCAAUGGUAUCACCGAUGACAUCAAUUAUCUUAAAAAGAGGAAUCUUGCUGUCUCACAAACAUUAUGCUUCAUAUUCCAUGAUGUCUUUGUACCAGAAGAGCUGUUUCACAGAAUCUUUGCUACAAUCAUGAGGACUUACAGAACAGCAUCACUAUCAUUAAGACGCAUAGAAGACGAACCCGGGACAGACCCGCUGACGACGAAAGAUACGACUCAUCUUUACAGAGGAUUUGGCUGUUUCGAGGUGAACGAUCUUUGCAGGAUGAUCUUGUCGAUGCAAUGGGAGCGGUCUACAAUUGCUGUAACAUUGUUCAGUCCCUCUGAAUCUAAACUUCCUCCGGACUCUGGGCCACUUGUAAGAAACACUCUGGAGCGGAUUUUACAGAAAGCUCUACAAAUGAGUAACCAGGAACACUUUCAGUACACACAUAAACUGCACUGUAACUUCCAUCUCAGUCCUUACGACACGCCUGUAGAGCUCUACAGCGUCAUUCACGCAAAGGGAGGCAUGUUCUGUAAAGGAGAAGAAUGUCGACGAAAACACCGACUGAACAAAUCGGAUCUAUUGUUUUGGGGUAUAACAAAGGUUACCAUACAAGUACAGGGUUUUGAAUCCAGUGACGAGGCCACCUGCCUUAAUAGAAGGCCUACACCCCAGGAGCUAGGUCGUCUAUCGCACAUGGUCGAGGCGUCCAAAUGUCAGCAACUCUUCAUCGCGCUUGGCCUGUCCCUACCAGAGAUAUCAAACACAGAGCACGAAGCAAGGAGUCUGGCAGCUGUCACUCAAAUAACCAGGAUGUUGUUGAAGUGGACAUACGCCUAUCCUAAUCAAACGUUUCGUCACAUCGAAAAGGCCAUGUCGGAGGUCGACAUGGCUACAGACAAUCUCGGCAUGACCGUGGAGACUGGUUGGGAAUGUGUCACUCUAGAUGACAUGGACUCUAACGAGGAGGGACUCGACAGACAACUAGACGUCAGUGAAAUAAGGGGCCUUGUAGACAACAUAGGCAAGAAUUACUUCAACCUGUUUCUGGAGCUUGGGCUCUCAGUCCCUGACAUAGAGAAGUGUGAGAUGGAUCACCUCGGUUCUAAACGUAGAGUGGAGACGCUGAUCAAGCUUUGGAUCGACACUUUCCGAGACCAGGCAACCGUUAUCAGAAUUGUAAAGGCAAUGAAACUGCAGAAUGGACUGGCACUCAACCGCACUGGCAUACUGUGUUGCCGACGAAGAGGAGACAGAGGAAUGGCCAUGGUGGCCUUGUGCUAUUCUGUAAUGUACGCAGAUACAAGCUACCCUCCAAAGAAGCUCGACAUGUUAUCCCAUAUGCGUGUAUUAACGUGUAUCUAUUACUGACGCUUGUGACAGAAACUUAACACAAUAACUUAAUUAUGUGUGUAUAAACGUUUUUAUAAACUGUCUAUAAUGAAAUUUUCUGCAGUGUACAAAAUCACACGGAACGGUUUUAAGAAUGGACCACAAAGAAAUAGUUCAAAUGUACAUGUUACCAAUAUUGCUGUUUUUUAGGACUUGAUAUCAAUAGUGUACCGUGUGAGACUUGUCAACGUUAAAGAUCCCGUUGUAUAGUUUUGAGAAAGAUCUACCAUUCAUUAAUCAUCGGAUUCAUGGAUUCAAAUGUAAACUCAUACAAAAUCACAAUAAAGUGGGGCACAUUUACCCUCCCCGUUACGUUCAGUCAGCUCCAAAGUAACCAAACCAUUAGGCAUUUGUUUUCCUUUCUAAUUUCGUCUCCUCAAUUGACAAAAGACCCUAAUAUUUGACGUAAAGUCUCUAAAAUAUUUUUGUAAUACAAUCCUUUACUCAUUUGUGUUGCGAAUCGAACACAAUUAUUCCUGAUAACAUUUCAGUGGUUUUUGUGAAGAUUGUUUUCCUAAAUUGUUCUCCUCUUUAAAAGUUGUUUUUUUCACAUUUUUUUUUUAGAAAAAAACAACAACAGAACAUGUGACUGUAGGUUUGGUUUCUAGCAAAAUAUAGCAUCAGACAAAAACAAAACCUUACUCAGGUGUUUUUGUGGUUGCUAUGUUAAUUAUAUAUAUGCUGGCUAGAAGUGUAGAUCAUCGACCAGAAGUUAAUGUUCUCGCCUGAUGUAAAUUUAUCAAAUGCCUCAAAGUUGCAUACUUCUAUCGGACAAACGUGAUAUCAUUUAAGUCAGUGUCACGUCACAAACCUAACGUUAACUGUAGUUGUGACUAGCGGAUAUUGGUUCGGACUUACUGAUUUAUUGAAUAUGAAGGUACGCUAUUAUACCUUGUUUGUGUUUAUGCAUGUAGGACUUUAUAGUUAUGGGUGCUGUUUAUGAUCGUAUAAUGAAUGACAGAUACAGUCUUUAUUGAUUUGCACUAGUGUUAAAUACUUGUUCACGACGGGAAACAAUUGGUGUGCUGGUAUAACCACUGUAACCAUUAAAUUAAACCAAAGUGGAACGGUAUUGUGUGUAUAAUGUAUACCAAUUAUAUAAAUAUACGACAGAGUACAUUACGAUACGUACUUGAUGCUUCGGCAAUCAUGUUUAUUUACACCAUUUUGCCUCAGAUGACACUAAGUGUCUGUGAGUGUACUGUGUUUUAUAAUGCCUGUUUGCCGGCCGCUCGUCUUUCAGCUGUCUCUUUUAACCGGUUUUUCACAAAAACUGAUAUCUUUAGGGAAAUGAUGACCGGUAAGCAGUUACUGGUCGGAUCAUGUCUUGUAAAUAUUCACCUUAUUAAAUUACCAUAACGUACGUUCAGUAUUAAAGGGGGCAGACGUGUUAGAAAGUCAACCAACUCUCCUGUAAAGAACCGAAAGAUUUAGAACCAUGCUACUUGGAUAUGUUAUUUAAACCAUCUAAGCAUAAUUUCAAUUUUAUUAUUUUUCUUUUUUAUUUAAGUCAAAUGUGAAAAAUAGGUGAACAGCUUCACAAAUAUUUCCAUAAAUUAUAAAUCAAUACAUAAUGGGGUUUCAUGCACCUCCUCUUUGUGUAAAUAGUAGUUGAGACGAAUUUGGAUUUCCAACUUUUUGGUCUCUAACAUCACCGAUGAGUCCUAGAAGGACGAAACAGCUAUAAGAUGGAGUGUAGUCAGUUCUCGUAUAUCAUGUACUUUCAAAUGUUAAAGGUACAACCGUUUGUAUGUGUGUUACGUUCAUCUUUCCAUAACGUCCAACGUCAUCCUGUCUUAGAUGAAGUACUACCAGGUGUUUCUCAUAUUUGAUAUGUUGGCAUUGAUAUGUUCACCCGGGUCAAAAUAUGAAAAUUUUGAACAGUAUUAUGAAGAUCUAAAAUAGCGAAACCUGGUAUGGAAGUCUAUUAGUGCAUUUUUUCUCUUUUGAAUUUUAUUGUGUCCCCUUUAGUUAGGCGUGUGCAAGAGGGAAAUAUGACCUAACAGAUACCUUGUAUGGUAUCAUAUAAAUUGUUAAUAUAAUUGAACUAAAUCAGUAUGUAUACAUAAUUUGGUGUCAUGGUAAUCUUUGGAAUAUGAAAUAAGAUAUCCUCAAUUCUGCCUGUUCAGCGAAUUUAUGAUGUAAGUGUAAUACACAUUAUAACAACACAACAGGAUAUAUUGUUAUUGUAUUUUUAUGUGUGUCGUGGUGUAAUUACUCUGCA